GAAACCAUAGUGUUGACCGCGCUCCAAAAGUUGACCGAUGGGGAACGAAUCGUCGACCUCCAAUUACCGCGAAAACCGAGCUCGUGAAUCUAUACACACUGGCGCAACAACCAAUUCGCGCAUUUCUAAUUCGCAGUCCACCUCAAGCGUGCCACCCGGCGCAUACUCGGUCCCUGGUUCGCAACGCCGGCAGGCGCAGUUUUACGUGACGGUGCCAGCCGGGAUACGACCGGGACAGGAGUUUCCGGUCAUUGCGAAUGGGCAACAACUCAUGGUGCGAUGUCCUCCGGGCAUAAGGCCAGGCGAGCGCAUCGUCGUCUCAGCGCCAAGAUCCUCCCAGGGCACGCAAGCAUACAUGGCCACCGUUCCACAUGGUGUUCGAAGCGGCGAACAAUUUCCCGUACUUGUCAACAACCAACAGCUUAUGGUGACAUGCCCACCAGGCGUUAGACCCGGCAUGCAGGUCAGAACAGUAUUUAAAUCCGUGUGUAACUCCCUCUUCAAACAGGUCCGAAUUAUGGUCCCAACCUCGCGGAGAGGCGCCAAUCAAGGCACAAUGUCAUCAGUGCAAGGCGGUGGCAGUCCCUCCAGAGGGGCUUCGCCCAGCAGCCAGUCUAAUGAUGCUGUGCGAAGUCCUUUCGGAAACCAAAUGUUCGAGGUGAAUGUGCCACAGGGCGUGCGUCCAGGGCAGGCCUUUGCCCUGAUUGCAAAUGGCCAGCGUGUCAUGGUUACUUGUCCUGCGAAUGCCAGACCUGGACAAAAGAUCCGCUUUCAGUUGCCAAUCAAGCUCAGUUCUGACGAAAUCCAAUCCAUCAAGCUCAAUUACCAAAAAGAUGGCUGGAUUCGCUGUCUGUCGACUGAUCUAACUUUCCACUGGGUUCGUAGCGAAGGAGAGGUUGAUAGUGAGCAAGAAGCUAAAAAGAAACUAGAGUGGGCCUUUGAGCAAACUGCUUUUGUUCGCGAAUUGCGGACGCUAACUGUUGGAACCUCCACGUCAAAAGCAACGCACUCAUUACAGCUUGUGCCUGCAAAAGAUGCUGCCUUAUCCACGGUUGUGCCGGCGAUAAACAAUGGCACAUCACUUGCGCAGGAGCUGUCGAGGUAUGCAGCAAUGCCGUUUCAACACAAAGAAGCUUGGUUCCGUCAACAAAUCGCAAAACUUCAAGUACCGUGGGAAGAUGGACACAUAAAGAUCAAUGUGAGACGAGAAAAUUUAUUGGAAGACUCGAUGGAAGCCACCGAAUCGAUCACUCAAGCUGACAUGCGCAAGAUCUUUCGCUUUGAAUUUAUCGCUGAACCAGGCGUGGACGCAGGCGGCGUUGCACGAGAGUGGUUCCAGUUGGUAUCAGAUAUGCUCUUCAAUCCUGACUUUGCCCUGUGGUCUUACAGUUCCAUUAACCAGAUGUGUAUGCAGAUAAAUCCUUCCUCGGGCAUCGCCAAUGAUGAGCAUUUGCGAUAUUUCCACUUCACCGGGCGGCUACUUGGCAAGGCCCUGUUCGAUCGGCAGAUUGUUGCUGGUCAUCUUGUACGCCCGCUGUACAAACAUAUCUUAGGUUGGCCGCUGACAGUGGCAGACUUGGAACAACUGGAUGCUGACACCUACGCAAAUUUGUGCAAAUUAAAAGAUCUUGAUGAUGUAGAGGUCUGCUGUCUUGACUUCACGGUAACUGAGGACCAUUGGGGCACGGCGCAAACAGUCGAACUCAAAUCUGAUGGGGCCAACUGCACCGUGACGAAUAGUAACGUUGAUGAUUACAUACAGCUUCAAAUGCGGUAUCGACUAUUGGACCGUGUCAAGGAACAAGUGAAGGCCUUGCUCAUUGGAUUCUACGAUGUUGUUCCUGAGGCACUGCUCUCUGUAUUCGAUUUCCAGGAGCUUGAGCUACUAUUGUGUGGACUCCCGGAAAUUGACAUUGAGGAUUGGAAACGAAAUACAGAGUACACCGGUGAUUAUGAGCGCAAAGGUUCGUCACAUAAAGUGGUCAAGUGGUUCUGGGAGGUCGUGGUCGACGAUUUUGACGAGGAGCAUAAGGCCCGACUUCUUCAGUUUGUUACCGGUACCUCAGGAGUGCCCGCACAGGGCUUCCGUGCGCUUCAAGGAAAUGACAAUAAUAUACGCAAAUUUACAAUCAACUCUAUUCCAGAGACAGUAUCGGUCUUCCCCAAGGCACAUACUUGUUUCAACCGCAUCGAUCUACCAUUGUAUGAUUCAAAGAAGAAGCUGAAGAAAUUCCUAACCAUGGCAAUUCAAAUGGAAGCGACUGGCUUUGACAUUGACUGAAGAUUGAAUUGCCUGUUUUUAGAACUCACGGCAGGCAAUGGCACAACCUGGACAGGAGAAACCCAACGGGACCUAGCACGGNACUUUGGCGGGCCCCAUGCCCCCCCCCCCCCCCCCGCCCCCGGCUCCCGAACGCGGGAAAUACGACGCGUUCUAGUUUGGACCCCACCCAGCCGCCGACAGCGCCGCCGACCCCAAAUUGUCCACAAAUUGUCGGGGACAUUUCGGGUGCUUUUUGGUCCCGUCCGACGCAAGGGGUGGGUUCUGUGUGGGGUUUUGCCGCCGGCCGCGAUGUAAAGGGAAUUAGCUCCCGAGGCUAGACGGGUGCGCACCUCCCUGUUUUUCCAUGGCGAUGGUUGGUCCGAAACCACCAUGUUGGCAUAUUAAACCAUGCGCCAUCUGGC